CACGCGCAGAUCGCGGUCUACAGAGUGAGAGUUCGAUAAAUAUACACACUUGUCAAAUCGACUCGCAAUGGCCGGGAUUAAAGAUUAGUACUGCUAGCGUUUGCUGGUUCCAUUGGAAUGACAUUUGUCAUUCUUGGCUGUGCAUUACCGAUAUAUAAAGUAUGGUGGCCAUUUUUUGUUGUACUGUUCUAUAUAUUGGCACCUAUUCCAACUAUAAUAGCACGCCGCUACACAGAUGAUUCGGGAAGCAAUAGUAAUCCAUGUUUAGAGUUUGCAAUAUUUAUUACAAUGGGAUUCGUGGUGUCGUCCUUUGCUCUUCCAAUAGUAUUGGCGCGAUCUCCGGCAGACCAGCCAGUAAUAGAAUGGGGCGCUUGCUAUCUGACAUUAGCAGGUAAUAUUGUUGUGUAUUCAACUCUAGUCGGAUUUUUCAUAACCUUCGAUCAAGACGAUACUGAUUACAACAUGUGGUGAAGUACUACUGCAAUGUACUUAUUCAUCAUGAUAAAAAUGUUUUCUAUGAGAUUAGAGGGAA